CCAUUCUCAUCCCAGGCUGUGUGCAGGGCAACAGGAUGCUUUCCCAUGACUUGCUAAUCUGUCUUGGAUGCCAAGCAAGAAGCUGGAUCCCAACAGAGCUCUUGGAUCCUGAAUAGCCUGAUGGGAGAUGUCAUUCCAGACCCACUGACAGAAGAGGAAGAAGAGUGAUAGUCCUCACAUGUAAAUGAAGUGAGACAAGGCCUGAAAAAUGCUUCACAACUAGAGCAAAAUAGAGACCAGGAACUAGGAGUGCUCAAAAUAGCACUUAGGAGAGCAAGCAUCUGUGGGAUGGUCUUCUAUAGCUUGACCUGAAAUUUUCCCAGUGAAAUGAGAGGACUUCUUCCCUCAUCCUCCUGUGAAGCAAAAUAGAUCUCCUUUUCUGCAGAGACACAGAGAAAAACCCUGCUUUCCUGCAGUAGUUCUGAGACCAAAGUCAGCUGAUGCUUCCAUACCAGCUCUGUGCUCGUCUCAAUACUAGGAGUGAGCUGGGCUUACAUGAGCAUGGUCUGGAGCAGACACAGGGACUGGUGCACAGCAAAGCCAUUGGGCAAAAAUACCCUCUGUAAGAAACACUGGAGUGUAAUGUCACCGUGGAGUAAAAUCCCUCUGUGGACCUUGAAACUAAUGUAUGCAGUUGUUAAAAACAGUGUGUCUUCUCAGAAAAAUAGGCGCUGCCGUUCCAGGAGGGAACUUCGCCGCUUACCGGCGGUUAUCUCCGGGAAGGAGGGAGCGGGGCCGCUGCUGCCACUGUGCGGGGCGUCCGUGCAGCGGUGCUCGCGGCGGUGGGAGGAGCGCGGCGAGCGGCUGUGGGCCAGCAAGCGGCAGGCCGCGCUGGAGCGGGAGCGGCGGCUGGAGGAGGCGAUCCUGCAGGCAGAAGAAGCCAGGAAACAGAGAGAGCAGCAGCAGGAGCAAGAGGAAAGGCUGGCGGCCGAGCUGGCCAGGCUGAACCGCGAGAAACUCAAAGAUGAAAAGAUGAGGCAACAAGUAAGAGAGAACAGUCUUGAACUUCGAGACUUGGAAAAAAAACUCAAGUCUGCAUACGUGAACAAGGAGAGAGCUGCACAGGUGGCUGAAAAAGAAGCUGUGCAGUAUGAGAAAAUGAAACGUGAGGCUGAAAUAGCCCAAAAGAUGAAGGAAGAGUAUGAAAGGGUAAUAGAAGAAGAAAGUUCUGCAGAGCUGAAGCGAAACCAGGAGAAGAUAAUAUAUCAGCAGGAGCUGGAGAAACAGCUUGAGGAGCAAGAGAGGAAGAAGCAGGAGGCUUAUGAAGAGUUCCUGAGAGAGAAGCUCUUGAUUGACGAAAUUAUAAGGAAGAUCUUUGAGGAAGACCAAAUGGAAAAACAAAUUAAGUUAGAGAAAAAGAGAGCAGCUCAUAAUUGUAAUGAAGAAUUCAAAAAAGAACAAGCUCUCUGGAGGAGAAGGAAAGAGGAAGAGAUAGAAGAAGAAAAUAGGAAAAUCAUGGAGUUUGCCAACUUCCAGCAACAAAGAGAAAAAGAUCGGGUGGCUAAAGUUCGAGACACGGAGGAGAAAAAACAAAAGCUUCAAAACAUGCUUGCCCAAAAUCUGGAAAGAGAACAACAGAAGCGUGAAGAACUGGAACAAAUACGACAAGAGCUGUAUCUGGAAGAACAAGCGGAGAACGAAAGGAAGAAGGAGAUGGCAGAAAUUGAAAAGAGAAUUAGGCAACGUCUGGACUUAAGGCAAACAUAUGAAGAGCAACUUGCUUUAAAGAUGUCCAUGCAACAAGCUAUGCAAGAAGAGGAAGCAGCCUUCAGGCAGCAGAUGUUGGCCAAGUUCGCAGAGGACGAUCGCAUUGAGCAGAUGAACGCUCAGAAGCGAAGGAUGAAACAGCUUGAGCACAACAGGGCUGUGGAGAAACUUAUUGAAGAGCGUCGCAAACAGUUUAUUGCAGAUAAAGAGCGUGAACUUGAAGAAAUGCGGUUAGAGGAGAGAAGACAAGAAAACAUCCGUGCAGUUGUUGAGGAGGAGAGACAGAAGCUCCUGAGGGAACACGCAUCUAAACUACUGGGCUAUCUUCCUCCAGGAAUCUUCAAAAACGAAGAUGACAUUAACAUGCUUGGAGAGGAAUUCAGAUUGGCUUACCUGAAUAGAAGAGGUAAUCCAUGUUCCGAAGAGAGGUGAAAUUUCCACCCCAUCGCAUCUCCUGGUUCGCCACUAGGUGUCGUCUGACUUCUAAUGACAACUUCCAUUUGCUGUUACCAGCGAGGAACUCUCUUAAUACCCAUGAAACGUCUCCAUUUUAAGACCGGAGUUGUAAACUGGUGAGAAGCUAGUUUUAUUGAAGUGUGUGUUGUACCAGCCUUUUCAUCAAUAAACUAUUCUGGAGUUCUCGGUUAUGC